AAGAAUGUAUGGAAUGUAAAACUGCGAUUCCCUUAUCACAGCUGAGAGACCACAUAAAAAUGUGUUCACAAUCCAUCUCAAGUGAGGAAGAAGAUGUUCCAAAGGUAAAGAGGAGGAAAAACCAAAUGCCUGUAUGCCAUUAUACAUGUGUCAGUCUUGCUGGAAAGUGAGAAAUCUGGGAUGUGUCCUGUUUGUAGAGAGCAAUUUCCUGUAGAUAUUCUACCAGUACAUGCAUCAAGUUGUGGAGUUGGAAAAGACCCCAAUUUGAAUUUACCAGACCAGCUCUCUAAAAUAGCACAAGAGUUGAAACGUCAUGAAAAGCCAUGGUCAGUUAAGGUUGUUCGGAGAUUAUUUGAAGAAACUGCAUUGGAACAACUGGAGGACGGUGAUGAAGAUGAUUGGAAUAAACCCAUAAGUAUUCAGUUUUUAGGAGAAGAAGGGAUAGAUGCUGGAGGUCUUUCACGAGAAUUCUUCUCAUUGCUCUUUAAGACAUCAAAAGUAUUUGAAGAAAAUACUUUCAGUGUGAAUCCUCAGCUUCUUGUCAAGAAGCAGUAUUGCUUAAUUGGGAAAGCUGUGGCAAAAGCUAUAGUAAGUGGUCAUCCAGGACCAAGAUGCUUAAAUCAGCAUGUAACAAAUUACAUGCUAUUGAAACAAGAGGCUGACUUUUCCAUGGUGAAAAUAAAGGAAAUUCAGAGAUGUUGUCAGUGCUAUAAAAGAGAUGUGGUGAGCAAUCGGUCAUUUACUAGUCAGCAACAGUCAUGUAUUGCCACCAUGAGUCUUCUAGCAGUGUUAGUAAUGAUUGGUGAGGCCACUCUGGAGACAAUUGGAAAUGUCUAUAAUGAGCACAUCUCCAUGUUUGAAGCCACCGGAUACACCAAAAUUCUAACUUUGGACAAUAAAGAUGAGACAAUUAAGGCUUUGAAGGCUUUCUACCUGCUCUAUCGACCAAUGGCUUCAAUAAAUCAGUUUAUGGAAGGGCUCAAACUACAUGGAAUACUGCAGAAGCUUCAGGAACACCCAAAGGAUGCUUGUCUUUUCUUUAACGAAAGUUCCUAUCCCACUGCAGAUUUCUUCAAACCGGUUUAUUCAUCAGUUACAGAGGAAAAGGAAGAGAUGAUUGUGUAUAACUGGGGCAAAUAUCUGAAAAAUAUUGAAAAGGGGAGAAUUUCUACACCAUGGCUGUCCAUGGAUACAGGUGUAGAAGACAUUGUGGAACUAAACAUGGGCCACCUUUGUCAGGCACUGUUGGGUUGCCCAAAACUUCUGACAAGCAUGAACUCUGGAAGUAUUCAAUUUGAUCACAAAUCUUCAAAUUUGCCGACGGUCAAUACAUGUGCACCAUCAAUUACAUUUUCAAAGACGGAAGAACUACAAAAUGAUUGCACAUUCCAAGAGGUUCUUCAAAAUGUUAUUGUCGGUGCAUAUGGUUUUGGGAUUGCAUGAAAUUUUUGCUUUGAAGAGACAAUGAUAAGAGACAAUGAUAACAUAUUUGAAGACUCAUUUCAAGUUUAAAGUUCACCUAAUGCAAGUUGAAAUUGUCAUGCAAGGAGAAAUUGUCCACCCAUCCUUCAUAGAAAUUGAUGAAUUUCAUUCAAAAUGAUAGUGAAA